AUGACAUGUAUACGCUUUGUCGUCUAUCUGAUAUGCUUGUUCUUGGGGAACAUGGCUCUGGCAAAGACUCCAAAAAUCUCCUUGUCUGUUCGUCAAGAGAAUCAAUUUGUGUCAAUUAAAGCAGGAGAAAACUUGACUUUGCAAUGUUUCUAUGAAGAUGUUGUCGAUGCACGAUUUUACUGGUACAGACAAUAUCUGGGACAGAAACCAAGGCUCAUUUCCACCUUUUACAAGUAUGAAACGGAUCCUGCUUUUCAUGAUGAAUUCAAAAACAAUCCACGCUUUAAGCUGGACACUGCUAAAGGUAAAAAUCACUUGAAGAUAACAGAUCUAAGAAUUUCAGACUCUGCAAACUAUUUUUGUGCCAGUAGCUAUUUAUACAGGCUUGAUUUUGCAGAAGGAACAAUGGUGAGCGUAGAAAACCCAAUUUCAAAGAUGCAGACUUUAGUCUAUCAGUCAACAUCUGAAACUGUUCUGCCAGGAGGCUCUGUGACUCUGAACUGUACAGUACAACCUGGCAGCUGUGGUGAAGAACACAGUGUUUACUGGUUUAAAAACUCUGAGGAAUCUCAACAAGGACUUGUUUACAGCCAUGGGGGUGAGGAUGAGAGGUGUAGGAAGAAAACAAAUGAUUCGAGACAAAGCUGCGUGUACAAACUGCCGAUUAGGAACCUGAGCUCAUCUCACGCUGGAACUUACUACUGUGCAGUUGCGUCAUGUGGACACGUUUUGUUUGGAAAAGGAACUAAGCUGGACCUAAAAAAUAACAAUUUGGUGACUUAUUUGUGGAGUGCAGCCUUUUCUUUCACCUCCAUCCUGAGCGUUUUACUGGCUUUCUCACUGUGUGUGAUGAAUAAGAAAAAGAGCUCAAAAUCUUCAGGGUCUGAAAAAGGACCAUCCACCCACCUGAUAGCAGAUGUGAAGGGAUUUCACCAUGCAAGAAAGUCAUAUUACACUGCUUUUAUUGCACUACCCAACACACCACAAAGAAAAAAGGGUCCCAUCUGGAGUGAAUGUGUGUACCACAGGGUUAAGUAGUACAACAGUAGAGUAAUUACAGCCAAUUGCAAAAUUAUACAAACCCAUGGCAGAUUUAAGUACAAAGUAGUCUUUUAAUUGUACUUUAACGUAUUUCUUCUGAACAGAUUUAAUAUAAAAUUUUUGAAAUGGCCUAGCCAGACUCACAACUUGAACCUGAUAGAGAAUCUGCAGAGCAAGCCAUAAUUAGGGUGAAGGCAAGAAUGCCUUCUAAUGUCAUAGAGUUGGAGAUGAUCACCACAUAGAAAUCAGCAAAAUACAAGUGGAAACAUGCAACAAGUUGAUUAGCAGUAAUAAGAAGGGUUGCAUCCUGGGAAUGUCAAUAAAUAUAGAAAUACAUUUCAAGAUACCCUUUUUUCAUUAAAACUUAAAUAAAAAUAGGAAGCUUUUUUCCUAAAUUGAUGCUCAUUGUUAUACAUUGUUUUUUUGUGAGAGAUGUCAGAAACAUUACUAAAUUGUAUGAAAAUUAUUUAAGGUUUUUGUCAUUUCAUUUUACAUUUCUGCCUAUGAUUUUGAAUAUAUGAAUCUUUAUAAUGUUUUUGGUGUUUUGCUCUGCAUUUAAUUUGAAUGUAUCUGUUGAUUAGGAAGACAUUGCUAAGUUACAUUAGCUUAUCUUAUAAUUUUUUGUGAAUAAUCUGCAGAUGUUUGUGUGUUUUUAAGAUGCUAAGUAGAGGUCUAUAAUGGGAUUUCAGUUUAAAGACUUUAUCUGCCUUUUCUUCUGUAUUAAAGUUAAACAAUAUCAAAGGUGCUAUUAGCCUAUUUCACAAAUUGGCACCAUCCACACAGGUUGCUAUCGCUAGCUUAAUUUGAUUUACAUGACAGACAGUGCUUGUCUGUUACA